AUGGACAAGGAAAGUAUUUUGUCUCCUCCGGGUCCAUUUCUAACACCGAGCCCGUCGCCAUCGAUACCAGCAAGUCCUCGGUUGCAACCGUCACCUUCGCAGUCACCGUUUUCUCAGCAACAGGAUAUUCUGCUGGUGACCAACAGCACCAUUGGUAAUGUGACUCAGGAGCAAGAUCGCAAAACAGGAGUAGCAGGGCGACGUCAAUCAUUUAGUCAACAACAAUCCGCUCUCGUUCAGCAACAGCAACUGCUGAACCACAGUACCAGCCCAAAUGCCGGAACAGUUGUGUACCGUCCUAGUCCUACGCAGUCUCCUGCGGGGGCUACGACCUACAGCAUCUCGACGACACCUGGAAAUGAGUUCAAUACGACUCUAGUCGGGUCGAACAAUAUUUCACUCAAUAAGAAGGGUCGCAAAUCGUCCUCGGUUAGUGCUAUUCAACAACAACAUCAGCAACAACACCACCACCUCCUCCCACAGUCACAUGCAGGCCAUGGACAUGGAACAUUGCCCCCCGCCAGUAGCCCGAAAGCGGCGAAAAAAGCAAUGCAACAGAACCAGCAACAACAGAAUCCAUACCAACAUCACCACGCCGCGGUAUCUUUCGUUGGAAGUCCCAUCGCAAGCCCCAGUCCGAUCGCAAGCCCGAACGGUGGUUCGAUACUGCUCACUACCGGUAACGGAACAGGAGCGAAUGUGGCUGCUGGAACAUCCAGCACGUCUAGCCUGGCUGGCUCGACACAACUAAGACCACCGACACCACAACCUAUCAUUCAACAGUAUCCUGUUGUGGGCACCGGAAAUCAAAUAGUGCAAAUUUUCCAAGGUUCCCAGUUUGCAAUAACCCAGUCGCAACCUGCCACGGCGACAGCAAUAACUCAGCAGCAUCACCAGCUCCAGCAGCAGAGCGGGCGCCAUACAACAAUAGUUUCCCAGCCCAGUCCACAGCAGCAGCAUCAGCUAAACCAAACAAACGUGCAACAGCAUAUACCGUUACAGGCGAUACAAGCGCAGCAGCUUCAUAGCAUUCAGCAAUCACCAUCGCAUCAGCAACAGUUCGUACAGCAACACAUCAUAGCCGCUACUUCCGUUGCAUCGAGCGCGAUACCAUCGACUGCUUCUACUGCCUGUGUUACGUCUACCGGUGGUUUAGUUUUAACUGGAACUGGACUCCAGAGCUCCCCGUCAGCCGGUACUGGAAGCGGUGGCAAUGUUACAAAUGUGAAACAUCACAACAAAGGACCACAACAAAUACUUCCAAAGCCUGCAACUGCGACUCCUUCAGUUUCGCCGACGUCUUCUACAUCAUCGUCAUCAUCUGCUUCUUCUACACCGAUGGCUGUGCAUCAUCAGCAAAGUCCCCAUCAAGCGACCGCAUUUGUUUCAAGUUACGGCUCCACCCCGAUAGUACACGGCUCUAAAACGAUUGUAGCGCAGCCGAAGACGGUCACUUCUGUGUCGCUGCCGACCGUAGUAUCGCAACUGCCGGCUCAGAUACAGGUUUCCCAAGCGGGUACUGUCGUAAGUGCCGGUGGCGCUACCCAAGUGCAUUUUACGACAACAGGGACUCCCCAAUCACAGGGUUCCACGCUGAACACAGCGCAAGUACACGGACAAAUGGUUACCACGACAACACAGCCGGCGGGUUCACAACAGCCAGGGGCCCCAUCACAACAAAACGCCACAGCAGCAGCACAAAAUGGUUCCAUCAUUCUACCCACGGGAAACAUUAACGCUCAGCCAUUGUUGCUUAACCAAAUGCCGGUGUUGGUACAACAGAAUACACCCCAAGGGGUACAGCUAAUACUGCGUCCGCCAACACCACAGCUAGCUGCGCCGAGUUUGGUUAUUCACAAUACGAGACCGCAGUUGCAACAGCCUCAACCGCAGCAAGUGCUUCGAAUACUUAACGCAAAUGGGACGAUGCAGUUGGCGACCACACCAACGUUUAUUGUUUCGUCCCAGGGCAAUCUGGUUCAGCAGAACAUAUCCGGACUGAAGACAAACCAGGGUGUACCAUUAACGCAGAUUCAGGGGUUACAGGGACAGAGGCAACCACAGCAAAUAACAGCCGCCAUUAAUCAACAUCUUUUAAGCCAAGGUGUCGCGCAGAUACAGAAUCUUCAGCUGAACGGGAAUUUAGCCCAGAUACAGAUGCCAAACGGCCUCAAUGGGCAACUGCUCACCACGUCUCUCCCAGCACAAUUCCAACAGGCUAGCGUCGGUAGUUUUGGCAUUCAAAAUCAAAACAUUAACUUAAAUCAGCUGGGCAGUGUGAAUUUGCAGCUUGCCACGGGACCCGGAGGUGCAACGUUUGUGUCUCCUUCUUCUACGCCAGGAGCUACCCCAGGAUCAGCACCGACUGGGGAAAUCGUUGUAAACGCUCAAAACAUUCAAUUUACCGCGAAUCCCGGAACUACACCCAACGCAAUUACUGUUAACGCUCAGGGCACACCACAAACGCAACAAACUCAAGUUUCACAACAGCAACAGCAGCAGCACCCGACAGGUGGUCAGCAAAUUUUAACUGCUUCAUCGAUAGAUGGGCAGAUUCAAACAGCUCAAAUUAUUCCUACUGUUUCGACCGACGCACUGAGAAACCAUAAUCAUCAUGCCGGGAAUCCAAUCCUAACGACCGCCUCCGGUCAGCAAGUGAUCGUUACUGACGGUAUUAAGGCACAGAUUCAUGCACAAGCUAUUUCAGCGCAGCAGCAACAAAUGUUCAAUCAUCAAAACGCAAACCUACAACAGCAACCAAGCGCAUCUGUGUCUAUGCAGCAAUCGAAUCAGCUUCCUGCACCACCUGCAGCAUUAUCCUUGCCAGCAACACGAAUUGAGGUGGAAAAACCGAAAAAGGAACGUCGAAAUAAGAAAAAAGUAAAACCAAUACCGCCACCGGUGGCUACGGCAGCACCGAUGAUUCUUCAACCAAGUACGCCAACUGUAAGCCAAGUGCCAAUUCCUUCCAGCACUCCAACAGCGACAACGAUCGCUACCGAACGAUCAUCCAAUUCUCCUUCGUCGUACAGCAAUACGCACACACCUACGGGGAAAUUAGACUUGGCAAAUCUGAUGAAAAUUUCUGGUAUCGGCAUCGAUGACGAUGAUUUGAUGGAUACAGAUGAACCACCGCCCUUACUGGCCACCACUAGCAAUCAUCCAACAGUUGGAGUAGAGUAUCCUUCAAAUAUUGUGAUACAACAUAAUGAGUCGUUAAAUACUACCAGUAAUUCUGCCGGAGGGACUACAGGACAGCAACAUCCUUUAAAGGAUGCUAUGUCGUCCGUCUCGUUGGUUAGUUCUGGAGUGCAGCCGGUUACUGGUCAGGUACUCGUACAAUCUCAGCAACAACAACACCAGCAACCUGGUCUAAUGGCAAACCAAUCCGUUGGUGGAGGUGCUGGCAGUGAUAUCAUGAUUACAAUACCUUCCACCGUUGGCUCGGAGAAUGUGGAAUUUCCUUACACAAUAUCGAUACCUACAUCCGGUAUAGAAAGGUCACAGGAGAAAAAAGUGUCACCUGACGUCAAUUGUACCCCUCCCGUUCAGACGAUUACAGGUGGCACUCCUAGUGCUAUGACAAGCCAACAACAACAAGAUGCGCCUUCGUUCAUGAUCACGAUCGAUCCAACAAGUGAUUCCAGUUCCGGACAAGCUUCAUAUACAGUCUCGUUGCCAAGAUUUGGUAGCGGAGCAAAUGAUGAUUCGAAAGUUGUCAACAUUGCCACCGUUGCUCCAACAGCUAGCGUACAAGCUAUUAAUACUACAACGACGGCCUCGAUGGCCACUUCAAAUGCUAGCGGCAUGCAACAGAACAAUACGAUAUGUGUGAACAGCUUGAUGAAUAACGUUUUAAACAAUACGCAAGUAACGCCAACCCUGCAGAGCCAAAUCAACGAAAUACAGAAUCAACUGAUCGCCGAAGCACAGCCGCAUCUUGUUGUUCCGUCGUCGAAAUCAUCAAACAUUGUAUCUGCGUCUAUAGUUCCCACAUCGCAACAUCAACAAAUGUUAACGACAAUGGCACCGCACAGUGGGACAACUGCAUCGGCAUCCUCUGUCGGAACAACGACGACUACAUCCAUUGUGAUAUCCACGAACAGUAGUAAAAUAUUAUCCGUUCCCUCGCCCUCUCCGAAGAAGAAAUCGGUCGCAAUCGCCAAUAACAAUGUCGGAAGUGGAGCAAUGAACAAGAAAAAUGGGAAAAAGUUGGAAAAAUCUUUCGACACGAUUGGUACGACCAGUGCGGUGCCAACGCAAAUAGGAAAUAUUCAAAUUUCACAAGUUGACGGUACAACAGCCAAUCAGAACAAGGCGGUUAAGGGUGGCACCAUCAACAACCAAAUACAGAUUACUCCGAUCAUUGACAGCAAAGUGGUGAACGCAGUGGGUGCUCAAUAUCCAAACCUUACUCAAAUGCAGUCCUCGGUUAGUCAACCACAAUCGACUGUCACAAUUCAGAGCCAAAUACAAACACCGCAGCAACAACAGAGCCAUACUAUUCAUUCAUCAAUGUGUGGAGGCUCUGUAUCCCAGCAUCAACAACAGUCGCAACAGUCGCAUGCGAUUCAAUCUGUACCAACUUCGAUACAAUCGAGCGUGGUAGCAGGAGGUGGUGGUGUAGUGUUCACUACACAGCAGCAACAGCCAUCAGUCGUAGCAACACCUACUGUCCAGUUGAAUCAAACAUCCAUCACGCCAACAUCAAUAAUACAGCAACCACCAGUUCCACCGCCGCCAGUUACAACGGCACAAGGAAUACUUGCUCAACUGACUGGUAGUUUAAGUUUAUCGUUGGCAGAAAAUGGUCAGCUCAUUUUAAAGCACGACAUAAACCAACCGCAAACUCCGGAAUCGCAAACUAUCCUGCAGGCUAUUCUGUCUGGUGCCUUGGGUAAUAUAACUUUGGUAAACGAGCCAUCCAAACCGCAAGCUACAUUAGCAAACAGCGCCAUACCGGCCAAUAUUGCCCCCAUACAACAACAGCACACUACAGCACCCAUUACACAGCAGCAAGCACCAGGACAUCAUCAGAUCGUGGUGUCGGCACAGUCUUUGCCACAACAAAACAAAAAUAUUGCUGCUGUUAGUGGACAGGUGCAGCAGAAAACGCAGGGCACCACAACUGUGACUAUUCAAACUGGUCAUCAACAGCUUCAACUUCAACAACAACAACAGCUGCAACAACAUCAACAACACCAGCUGCAACAACAACAUCAGCUACAUCAGCAACAACAACAAAUGCAACACCAGCAACAACAGAUCCAACAACAGCAAUUUUUACAACAGCAGACGGUCUCGCCAGCCUUUACGUCGCAGCCAUCUACCACAACGCCAACCAUGCAACAACACAUACAGACUGCUGGUGGGAAUAAUCAGACUCAUUUGGUCAACACGCAUCAGUCGCAGACACAAAAUCUGAAGCAUGUUCGUAAGCCAGAAACGAGCAUCGAACCAGUAUUGAAUCACCAACAACCUUUACCGGCUCAGCCCCAACAGCAACAACAAACGGUUUUGGUCAACCCGAAUGCGCCAAAACUUGUAGAGCUACCGAAGGUUGGGCCUAAUCAGCAGCUGUUCUCCCUCAACACAUUGACUAAUCAGAUUACACAGUUAAGUCCAGGACAAACAACGGCCGCUCUUGGACCAAUGGAGCGCGUGUUGAUCGUGCCAACAGGAAUCAACGCGCAACAGUUAGCACAAUGCCUGAUGCAAGGACAAAUUCAUUUCAACAACAUCGGACAAGUGACUCAGUCCAGCGAAACGAGACCAACAUCGACGCUAACGCAAUCGCAACAACUUUCACAAUCUUCUACGUCAUCUACGACAACGGUCCAAAAGGGUAUGGCAAGUUCUCAAACGGCUGUAGAGCAGCAACAAACAACUAAUCAAGCAACGAAAGGGCCACAAAUCGUUACUAACCCCGGAGGCAAUACUAUUAACUCAAAAAUAAUAAGCAACAGCAGCAAUGUAACGAAUUCGAACAAUGCCACUGCCACAAAUACCGGAACGAUCGUGAAGGAGAAACCGAAACGCAAUCGAUCGAAAAAACAGGAUAAAGUACAACCAUCGGCCAGCCCCUCGAAAUCAACGGUAAUUAAAGUUAACACCAUGUCUAGCGGUUAUCCAUCGAGUGUUGUUCUGCAACCUGGUCAACAUGCACAACCAAUACUUGGAGAAAAUGGUACCAAGAUAGGCACCAAAAUAGUUGGCACAGUGAACCCAAACAACUUUGUAACCAACAGUUUACAACAACAGCAACUGCAGCACCAACAACAACCGCAGCCGCAGCAACAACAGCAGCAGCAACAGCAACAACAGCAACAGCAGCAACAGCAGCAACAGCAACAGCAGCAUCAUCAUCAGCAGCAGCAGCACCAACAGCAACAACAACAAAUGCAACAGGUCCAACAACCUGUCCAGCCGCCACUGGUUGCACAAGUGCAUCCGCAACAACAUCAAGCGCUGAAAACACCUACCACAAUGGCGAUGGUUGUGAAAGGUACCAUUGGAUCCACUACAGUAACUGCAACAAAUUCUGCCAUCAAUAAUGUAACCGUUACUGCGACAGCAGUCAAAAAGGGCAGAACUAAUGCUACACAACAACAGCAACUUCUAAAUCAAGCACCACAACAGCAAAUGCCUCCUUUGGUUAGUGUCAAUUCAAUGGUCCCAGCCCCGGCAUCGCUUAGCAGCAGUUCUUCGAUGGCUGUUGGAACUCCAACGGUAGUACCACGUGUACAAACAAUUCAGUUGACUCCUCAGAAGCAGCAACAUUUGAAGAACGUGCAACAACAGAUUCAGCAACUAUCGACCAAACUACAAAAUAAGAAUCUUUUGUCAUCCCUUUUGAUUCCGGCGGAGUGUGAUGCUUCAAAUCCAAUUCAUAACAAACCUUUGCCAUCGAUAAAGAAUAUACAGACAAUGUCGGACAAGGAAAUUUGCAACGUACUGCAACGAUUGUUUGUGGAACAGCAAAAGAUCUUGUCGACUGGAAAGAUUAUUCCAACCAUCCCCACGGGGCAUACUUUUGCCAGUUCAUCCACACAACAGGCAAUCCCGCCACCACCGACACCGAUUAGUAACAGCCAAAGCCUUAGUGAAACAAUAACUGGUUCUGUUCCUAACGCUAGUGCGGAACAGAAAUCUCAACAGGCAAUAAUAACACCGAUCACAGUUACUCCUAGCAGUGGCACGUCCAUCUUUCACGGUGGUGCUGUUAGUAGUGGAGCUUCUGUUACUUCUUCUCAGAUAAUUGGCAAACAUGAACUGCUUGUCCCUCUUUCAUCGGCUGCAGGUGCUAACAUGAGUGUACUUACAUCUGGUGCGAUUACAAGCGUUGCGCCAUCUGUGGCUCACUCAUCUAUGUCCAUUACGAUCACAAGCAGUACCUUACCGAUGCAAAGUGUUGGUAGUGUACAGAAAUUUGGAACAAGUGCUAAGCAGACCACAACGAUCAUUCCAAUAACCUCUACACUGCAGCCACCGUCUACUUCAGGAUCCAGUCCACAGGUUCUUAAAUCGGUCAACUCGACGACGACAGUUGCAUCGGCUACGAACAAUGCUAGUGCUGCAAAAAGCAUCACAGUUCCAGCAGGAACGAUCGUUCCGAAACACAUUAUGCUGUCCACUGGUGGUACUACGCAGGGGAACUCUUCUGUAAUGCCUCCUUUGCAUACACUUGUGCCAACGACGCAGCAACAGGUGAAUGUACCAGGGCCUUUGGUUAACAAGCUUGAAAGCAAUAGCAGUGGCAGUAAUGCUUCUAGUGUAAACAUAAACCAUCAACAAUCGAUGGCUACAAAUCAGAUGACUGCUUCGGUUGCGUUAAACAGUACGAAUCGUUCCAACACUCCCGUUCCUCCACCACUUGUCGCAACACUUCCCGGUGGUGGUCAGUUGAAAACGUUGGCUGGUGCUGCUGGUCAUGGCAACUCUUCUAUUGUGAUCGUUGGUGGAUCACAUGCCAUUUUGAGUGGUUCACCGCAAAUGAUCGCACAAACAGCUGCUAGAAUUCAGCAGCAGCAGCUGCAACAACAGCAACAUCAACAGCAGCAACAACAGAUGCACGCUCAAGCUGGUAAUGUUCUUCUAACUAAUCCAACUUCGGUACCAGCAACUUCGACAUCCACUUCAUCUCCCGUGAUGGCUGCAAUUGCCCCAUUGCGUACAUCGGUAUCAUCGACAUCAUCACUGGCAACGUCUGCGUUACCACCUCCGUUGGUUCCGUCCAGUGUCAGCAGUAGCAGCACGAUUCCAUUCAGUGCUGGUGGUAAUAGCGGGAGCUUCCCUUUGCCGGUUAUUAACAGUACCAGUAGUGCGACAGUGACUAGUGCUAACAACUCAACUGCAAUCGCAACAAUGGCAACAUUGGCAUCCUUUCCAACGACAACAACAACCGCAAAUGCUCUCUCAUCGGCCGUUGUGGCUGCUUCGGCUAUGAAUAACAAUUCAAGCACACCGGCCGUUAUUAUCGCCGCUCCUGCGGGUACUUCUCCAUCCACCCCGAUGACGUACAUCACUACAAACGUACCAAAUAGUCCAGCUGUAAAAGUACCCCGUGCAAGUUUGUUUGAAAUCCAGAUACAGAAAGACCAGGAUGCUUGCACGAAACCGGACACUAACACACCGUUUGGUAGCAAACAGGAUGCUAUUAAGCGACUGAUACGCUACCACUGCAUGUACGAAGAGAAGUGCGAAGAGAAUGAAGAGGAAGAAUUACAGUUCGAGACGACAGCCGAAUGGUUCCCGGAAGCGUUCCGGACGAUGCUCAGUCGCUAUCAACGGUUGAUGAUCAAUGAAUCGAUGCGUGAAGUACGCACUUCGGAACUGAUGUUGGUGAACAAACUUUUUAAGGCAGACAUAACUCAAGAGAUCGAAGAAAUGCAAGAGCAUCUUCGAGAAGCCGAAAUUCUCGCUUUGCCCUCGAAGGAGGGUGCAGAGGACGUAAUAUGUGUAUCAUCGUCCGAUGAAGAGAAACCUAAAUGUAAAGAGCUUUCCUCUGCGCCACACCAAAGCGAAUCUCCGAUUCUGCCGUUAACGCUACCAGAAGUUCCCGGUAACGAUGCAAGUCCAGGCGGUUUGCGCAGACCCGAUUCGUGCAAUUAUAUAUCGGAUUCUACUUCUCUGAACGGACCAUCAAAUGUGAACGCCAGUCUAACGGAAACUGCACGAUCAAGCUCAUUGACGUGUAAAUCUUUAGCGAAUAGUGAAUUAUCUCUUCAGAGCGCAUUCCAAAAGAUCAAUAGUACUACGGCAGCCAUGCAUUCUACGGGGCAGAUACAGUCUGCAGUUGCAAAACAAGAAAUAGUUAAUUUCAAUCGAAAUAACACCAGUCGAAAUAGCACCCCAUGGAGUGAUGCGAUUAAAAAGAAUGUACAGACAGCGACGAAUAGUUACGAUGAUAUUGAAAGUGAAAUUACACCAAGUUUCAUCAUGAAGAAGGCUGACGGCGGCGUUAUGAGUGAAGAGAAAAAGCGGGACAGUUCGAACAUCCCGCCUCACGGUUCAUCAUCAGGCAUGGUAACAUCAAUAGCCCCACCAACAUUACGCUAUUUCAAUCAGGUACAGGUACCAUCAGAACAAAAGAAUUGCAUAGCAGAGAAGCCUGAUAAUAGUCAGCUUCAAUCGUCAUGUGAAACUGGUUCAUCCAUUGUAACAUCUCAACUCACAUCCACAAAGCAAUCGGUAGAUCACAACGAUUCGGCAUAUGAUGAGUGGAUGUGUUUCCCAAAAGAUCUUGCCUACUUCACUGGAAGUAGCGAUGGGAAUGGUACGAAUGAAGUAGAAAGUGCAAGCAUGCGGAUAGGAAGUAACAAUGCUAUUCCUAAUCUAAGCAUCGAUCCCACAGGAAGAAGAAAAACAACAGAAGAAGAGAUUCACGAAAUGUUUCAUUCGAACGAUUCUAAGAGUGUCGAUAAACAGUUGGAGCAGCUGUUCAACGCAACUGCUGACGAUAAACCAUCAUCUACAGCAUCUCGGGUCGAUUCGCCACUGACCGAAUUUCUCAACAACCAUCAGCGAAACACAGGAGUAACUAGCAAUGCAGAAGUGUGUGGAGGUCAGGCGACGAAAAGUGUCGAAACACGUUUAGAUGCGUUGUUUGGCGGUUGUGAGACCAUAUCUCGCCAUGGAGGUACCGUUUCCUCUGCUUCUGAUCCGAGAGCGUCUGGGAUUAACGAGAAAACGGAUGAUAUGAUGGUAUCUCGUCACUGGUCCACUUCCGUAUUUCAAUCAUCACAGGAAGAAGAGGAAUCGACUUCCGAUUCAUUUUUGCACAAAUCAUCGGCCAACAGCUUCGAAGUUCUUCAACAGCAGCAUUCAUCAGUCGGCGGAACACAAAAACGACACUGGACGGGUGUGGUAACGAGUGGUAAUAGCACAGCGGGAAUUGGCUCUACUGCCAAUAUUUUGUAUUCUAAUGAAUCAUCGGAAAAUGAAUCGAUAAGCCCUAAUAAGCGGCAGUGUAUGUCGCUUGGUCGCAACGAAAAACAGCUCGACGAUAACAGCAGAGCUAAUGUGAAAAGUGAUGACCACCGUUGGUUGAUGGAGUGUACCGGAAACAGCGAACGCUCCAGUCAAGCAAGCUCUCAAAUGCAGCCAAUGGGAACGGUCAGCUCGAAUGGUUCGAUACAGAAGCCCGCUCAAGGUAACGAUCACAUUCUUGUAAACAAUGGUAGUAACAACAGCAUUGGUAGCACCGACAUUAAUAUUGGAUGUGGCUCAAUAGUAACUAGUGUUGGAGGUGGUGGUGGUGGUGAUUGUAGAGUAAUUAGUCCUGAUGGGGUUAUAAUUGGUAACUGUCGAAAUGGUUCCAACGGCAAUCCGCUAGUCGAUCAGAUGAAUGGUGAAGAUGACGGGCUGUCGACAGCAACUAAUAUUAUGCUGGGUAGGAUGGGCAACAAUAACAACCACAAUAAUAACAAUAAUAACAUCAAUCAUCAUCAUGAUCAUCAUCAUCAUCACGGAGUGUCCAAACGAACCUCGUGGAACGGUGACAUCUUGCUAGCAUCGGCUACAGCAGAAGAUGUAGAUCAUCAUCAUGGAAGCGUGCUAGAUAUGCUCGAAACUAAUCUUAGCCUAAGCCUAAAUAAUCUUAACAGCAUAUGUAGCUCGGGCUUGCUGGACAACGGUGGCGAUCCUAGUGAAACGGAACCACUUUCUCAUCACCAUUCCCACCAUGGACAACAGCCAGAGGAACAACUUCAUCAUCACCAGCAGCAGCAACAAUCACAUCUUUUGCAUCCUAAUCACAUAUCGCACAAUCACACUUCCCAUAGUUUGCAUCACCAUCACAACCACAACCAUCACCCACACCCGCACCGUCAUAUGCAUCCAGUAGUGGACGGAGCAUCAUCUGGUCCAGAAGAUGCCGUGGUUGGUGUUGGACGGAAAGGAAAUAAGAGUUGUUUCAACGAAGCUAAUGACAUGAUGCAUGCUGGUGGGUCGAACACAGGCCCCAUUCCAGGAGAUGAUGCAACUAAUAAUCUUAUUCUCUGUGGUGGUGAUGGUGUUGGUGGUAGUAGUAGCACCCGUCUUAGUAGUAACAAUGAUCACAAUAAAAUCAACUAUCUCGAUCGUGAUCUUCUAGGCUUGGACCCUUCUGAACAUCACGCAUCUCAUCAUCAUCACGGUAUUGAUGAAAGCAGUAGAACGCCAGUGAUCAAUUCCGUGCAUGCCCAUCACCAUCAGCAUAAUCCUGGAUCGGGAGCUAUAAUGAAUGAACCGAUAACGAUAGGAGGUAAAGAUUCAAUCCAUAUGCCACCGGGCAUGAUGGGAGACGAAGAACCAUCGUUCCAUGAGCAUCACCAAGAGCAGCAACAGCAACAACAGCAGCAGCAACAUCACCAUCAUCAUCACCAUCAUCAUCAGCACCAUCAGCAAACAAUCCAUGAUCUCCAUCAGUUCAAUCAUAUCUCAUUCGAUACGAUGGGAAUGCCGAAUUUUGAGGAAGAUAUCAACCGGCAGGUGCAGAAUGCGAUCGAUAGUAUCUUGAAUCUACAAAGCAACGAGACGGACGGUUCCUUGAACUACUCGCUCGAUAAUUCCUUCCUUCCCGAUAGUCCACUAUCGAGUGGACUAGGAAACUCCGUCAAUCCAUCACUCUUAGGUGUGAUUCACCAUCCGCACACGGAUGCGCCACUCUCGAACCAUCAUCCGGUGACGCACCUACAGUCCCAUGCUCAGCAACAUGCUCCUCGUCAACAAUCGUCAUCAAUGCCGGCUGUCCAGCAGCACGUUGGCAUGAAACGAAAGUAUCCCACUGACUGCCCAUCGCCCAUGGUUGGUGUAUCGCCCGAUGAUGGUAGUCCGAUGGGACCCGGCAGCAGUGGUAGUAGUAACAGUAAUAAUAGUACCAUCAGUAGCCUGAGUAGCAACACCACCGGGAGCACCGGAAGCGGCACCAGUGGUGCUAGUUUGCUCGGUGUGACGAACCACCACUUUGGUGUGACCGCAACCGAUGGAGAUCCGUUGAAGACGAUCAUAAAAUCUUGA